AUGGAACCGGACAAGAAGAGCGAGCAGAACGGCCACGUGAUGCCAGAGCGCUCUCCAUCCACAGAGAACCUCCAGAAGAAGCUCUCUCUGGGGCAAAAGCUGUGUGUGUUCCUGCGUAAGAACCUGCUGGUGCUGCUGACAGUCUCUGGCGUGAUCGUAGGCGUAGGACUGGGCAUGGCCGUGCGUAAAAUGGACCUGACCAAGGCGCAGAUGACUUACUUCGCGUUCCCCGGAGAGAUGCUGCUGCGGAUGCUGAAGAUGAUCAUCCUCCCGCUGGUGGUGUGCAGCCUGGUGUCCGGGGCCGCCAGCCUGGACACCCGCUCCCUGGGCAAGCUGGGGGGCAUCGCCGUGGGGUACUUCCUGGUGACCACGUUGAUAGCGUCGGGGAUCGGGGUGACGCUGGCCUUCAUCAUCAAACCCGGAGUGGGCGCCGGGGGUCUGAACACCAACCAUCUGGCGCUGGAGAGCGUGAGCAAAGACAAGGAGACCGCGGACUCGUUUCUGGAUCUGGCCAGAAACCUAUUUCCAUCCAACUUGGUGGCUGCUGCCUUUCGCUCAUACGCCACAGACUACAAGAUGGUGGCUGUCGGAAAUAUCACCAACGGAACCAAGAUCUACCAGAAGGUCCCGGUGGGCACAGAGGCGGAGGGCAUGAACAUCCUGGGCCUGGUGCUGUUUGCGAUGGUGUUCGGAGUGGCCCUGAGGAAGCUGGGGGAGGAGGGGGAGGAGCUGAUCCGCUUCUUCAACGCCUUCAACGAGGCGACCAUGGUGCUGGUGUCCUGGAUCAUGUGGUACAUCCCUUUCGGCAUUAUGUUCCUGGUGGGCAGUAAGAUCGUGGAGAUGGAGGACGUCGUUUUGCUUGUGACUAGUUUAGGGAAGUACAUAUUCGCCUCAAUCCUGGGACACGUCAUCCACGGAGGCAUCGUGCUCCCACUCAUCUACUUCGGCUUCACGCGGAAAAACCCCUACAGCUUCCUGUCCGGCCUCAUCACGCCGUUCACCACCGCCUUUGCCACCUGCUCCAGCUCUGCGACCCUGCCCUCUAUGAUAAAGUGCGUGGAGGAAAAUAACGGUGUGGACAAACGCAUCAGCCGCUUCAUUCUCCCGAUCGGCGCCACGGUCAACAUGGACGGCGCCGCCAUCUUCCAGUGCAUCGCCGCCGUCUUCAUUGCGCAGCUCAACAACUACGAGCUCAACGCGGGACAGAUCUUCACCAUUCUCGUCACGGCCACUGCCUCCAGUGUGGGCGCUGCUGGGAUCCCGGCCGGAGGCAUCAUCACCAUCGCCAUCAUCCUGGAGGCCAUCGGGCUGCCCACCAACGACCUGUCCCUGAUGCUGGCUGUGGACUGGAUCGUCGACCGCACCACCACUGUUGUGAACGUAGAGGGCGACGCGCUGGGGGCCGGGAUCCUGCACCACAUUAACCAGCAGGAGCAGAGGAAGAGGCCCCUGGAGGAGUCGGACCAUGUGGGCGAGCUCAGCGAGGUCCGGGUGGAAGCUAACACAGCGGCUCACGAAGAGACGUCUCCCCUGGUCACACACCAUCACAAGAACCAGGACCCGGCACCAGAGGCCAUCGAGUCCGUCCUGUGA